UUCCCUCGCUCUACUGUCGUGCUAAAGCUCGCGACAGACCGUGUUAUCCUUUAUACAUACGGCCGAGUGUUAAUGUAAGCAUAGAAUUAGAGUAGCAUGUCGAUGUGUAUAGAGAACUAAGACUAAUUUCCCUUCAGUAGGUGUGCUGUUUUUUUCCGAGGGUAUCGACAAAUGGUUAGAGAUGUUAAACCUGUCACCGUCGAGUUAUCGAAACGUUGACGAUGGCGCGCGUCCGGUGAACACGAAGAAGAUAUACUCGCGCCGGCCCUGGUAUGCCCUGCCUAUAGACCCGGCGCAGGUGUUGAGGAGUACUGAGGAUAACCCGAAUUACGAGACCGAGUACAACGGUGAACAAGAGGAAGAAUACUAUGAUAGAGGUCACGAGUACGUGGACCCAGUGACAGUGAGGAGGCCUGAGCCAGUAGAGCAGUUGGACCCGUCGCCUCCUAAUCCAAGAUUCGAGCAAGUCCCCACUGACAGCUCCGUUACUGAGUUCUCAUACGGCAAUGCUGUCAAUUUGAGAGAAGUGGCGUUGGUGGCUCUGGGCGGCGCAAGCGCAGCUCUCGUGCUCCUGAUCGUCAUGGCGGGCGUGUUCGUGGCGCGCCGGCGCAAGAACAGUCCCUCGCCGGUGCCCUCGCCGCCGAUACUUGUCUACCCGCCGCAUGAUAUUGCCGCACCUUGCUAUAUGACAAAAGAAGUGAACUUUUCCCUGCCGACCCUCCGCUCGUCAUCUCUGGGAGAACUCCGUGACGUCAUCAGCGUGAGCAGCCUCGGCAGCGAGGUGCUGUCCCCGCCGAUGCCGUCACAGCUGCGAUCCAACUCAUUCACUAACACAGCAGACCUGGGAGUGCUGGAUCCCUCACUAUACAAAUCAGACUGUCUGGAUGAAGAUCUCAUGUGGCCGGAGGGGCACGUGGGUCGAGUGUGGUUCACGCUGAAGUAUGAGUCUGGUACCGAGAGGUUACAGGUGCAUAUCAUCAAGGCGAAGCACCUCCCUUCGCGCACUCCCGCACUGGCCAACGCAUGCGAUCCGUACAUAAAGUUACAACUGAUGCCAGAUGAGAGAAGAGUGCUACAGACGAAACAGAAGAAGAAGACUUGCAAUCCAUUCUUUGACGAGACAUUCGUUUACCAGAUCCCGCCUGGCAAACUUGAGACUCUGACCCUGAAGCUGUCAGUUCUGGACAUCGGACGAGUGGGGAAGGGGAAGCAGCUUAUUGGACACAUCAUACUGCCGCUGAGCGAGCUUGAAGGAGUAGCUCCAGAUGAAGAACCGCAGCUGUACAAACUGGACAUUGAAAAGGAGGUACAAGAACCGACGUCUGACUUGGGCGAGAUCUUGGUGUCGCUACUCUACAACGAGAAUCUGCAUCGGCUAACGGUUACCGUAAUAGAAACACGAGGACUAAAGCUAGACCCAUCAUCGCCUAAACGUGAGAUGGUGGUGCGGGUCACGCAAGAGCGGGCGUGUCGCGGGGUGCGCGCGCGCCGCACCGCCGCGGUAGAAGUUGCAGACGACGGCAGCGCCCUCGUCUCAGAGUGCUUCCACUUCAGAUUGAGGGCGGACGAACUGCACACUACAAGCGUGACGGUGCAGGCUUUGCAACCGCACUCGGCGUGUGCCAAAGAUCGGCUCCUCGGCAAGUUCGUUCUCGGCUCGUACAUGUUCGCCAGAGGGCGCGCGUUGCAGCACUGGAACUCUGCGCUGGCAACACCGAUGGAACAAGUCAAACAAUGGCACCCGCUCACUAAUUAAACUACAAACUCAGGCCGUAACAUGGUGAGAUGGGCAACCCUGGUUUCCUGUUGCUUGGUAUUUACACGUUUUGUUUGUUAAAUUUAUUAUGUCUCUUAUGAUUUAGUAAUGAUUUUAAUAAUAUUUGAACGGUUGUUCGUGUGAAAGAGAGGAUCAGUAUUCAAUGAGUUUAAUUUCAAUCUAUAAAGAUACACAUAAUACUUAGGUCAACGGGUCUACUUCGUACUUGAUUCGACUAAACACAACUAUAAUAUGUUACCUACGUAAGUAAAAAAUUAAAGGUUAGUUUAUUUAAACUUGCUCUAUAAUAUACAGAUUUUGUCCAUGCAAUUCGUGGCUAUUUUGUUCUAGAUAUAACUUGUCAGAAAUUAGAAUUGAAGAAGAUAAGUACAAAUUCUUUCAGUAAA